AGGGCAAAAGACACACUGGAGGUGGAAGUGGUGUGAAAGAGGAGGGACUUGAGACUUCAGUUCGCGUCUCUGUGCAAACUGCUGGGCGCUCGCUUCUGCCGGACUGACCACGGAACUGCCCGAGCGCGCGCGUCUACUCUGAGAGGACAUAAUCUGCGCUUUAAACUCCCGCACCCGCGGCCACCGCAAACACCGGCUGUUUGGUGAAACCGGUAAAGCCCAGAAGUUACCCGUUUAUUUCCACGCGUCUCUCUUCCAUGCGAGGAUGUGAAUUUGCAGACGAUUAUUUAGAGCUGUGCCAUGGUUUUGACCCGCGCGCUCCAAACAGAAAUGGAUCUCUCUUCUUCUACGGGUACAUGAAUCUUAGUUCCACCGGCCAGAUGCCUGAGAUGGAGGAAGUAGACACCAAUGAGAGCAACGGGAUGGCGAAGAGGGUUGCUCUCAUCAGCUUCCUGUCACUGGUCAUGCUCAUGAGCGUCCUGGGCAACCUGCUGGUUAUGGUGGCCGUCUGCAAGGACCGGCAGCUCAGGAAAAUCAAAACCAACUACUUCAUCGUCUCACUAGCAUUUGCUGACCUGCUGGUGUCAGUGCUGGUGAUGCCGUUCGGUGCCAUAGAACUGAUCCAUCUGAACUGGAUCUACGGAGAGACCUUCUGCCUGGUCCGCACUUCUCUGGACGUGCUGCUGACCACCGCCUCCAUCUUACACCUGUGCUGCAUAUCCCUAGACAGGUACUACGCCAUAUGUUGCCAACCACUGGUCUACGGGAAUAAAAUGACACCAAUGAGAGUGGCUCUAAUGAUCGGCGGAUGCUGGAUAAUCCCAACCGUUAUUUCCUUCUUACCCAUAAUGCAGGGCUGGAACAGUAUUGGAAUAAAUGAUUUGAUAGAGAAACGGAAGUUCCUCGGCAACUCCACGGUGUGUGUUUUCAUGGUGAACAAGCCAUACGCUCUGACCUGCUCAGUUGUGGCCUUCUACUUACCACUGAUCCUGAUGGUUCUGGCCUACCAGCGCAUCUACGUCACGGCCCGGGAACAUGCCCGGCAGAUCAACCUGCUAAAGCGGGCCGGGAAUGCGUCCUCGGACAGCGCGGACCACCAACGCAACCACCGCAUGCGCAUCGAGACCAAGGCGGCCAAGACUUUGUGCAUAAUCAUGGGCUGCUUCUGUCUGUGCUGGGCUCCUUUCUUCAUCACGAAUGUGGUGGACCCCUUCAUAGACUACAGUGUUCCUGAGCAGCUGUGGGCCGCCUGUCUCUGGCUGGGCUACAUCAACUCCAUGCUCAACCCCAUCCUCUACGCCUUCCUCAACAAGUCCUUCCGUCGUGCCUUCCUCAUCAUUCUCUGUUGCGGACACAAGCGUUACCGACGACCUUCCAUCCUGGGUCCUGGAACGCCCUGCCCGGCCACACAGAUCAAUGGCUCUACACAUGUCUUGAAGUAUUCAGUUCUUCACAAUGGAAACCACGGUGAGCAGGAGAAACUGUCAGUACAGAAUGACACAGAGUCCCAGGAAUCAUGUUUAUGACACCGGUCACCCUCUAAUGAGGACCAUCACUGGAAGACGCCUGCGGCUCGGACACAACCAGACCCUUUCAGGACUCAAAUACUGGCAGCCGGACUGAACUAUUUGCUCAAAGAGCUGGUGAACAAUGAAGAAAGGAACAAUGUUGCCAAAGGUAUUUUGGUAUAUAUUUAGGUAUUUCUGUUUGUUGAGGAGUGUUGGUAAGAUUUCCCAGUACUUUGUGUAUUUCCUCUUUGGUUCUCCUGGGAAUACUAUUUACAAACCAAAAAACAUCUUACAAACUUUAUGUGGAGAGGCUGCCUUCAGAUCUGGAGUCAGAAUAACACUUCUGAAGUUCAAAAGUGUUUCUUUCCUUUUAAUAAAGGAGAAUUAAAAACAUUCACCUCACAGUAUAAGAAGCUGAAAACACAGCUAAGGGAAUUAAAAGGUUUUCUUUUUUUCUUUUUUUUUAAGCAUUGAAAUCUCACAAUGGCCUAUGAUGCUUUAGAGUGAUUUUCGAGGGAAUAACAAACUUAAAUGUGAGAUCAAAGGACGAAAGGAUUCAAUUUUUGUUUCCAAAUCAAUUACUAGGAUAGAGAGGAUUCAAACAUCUGUCUAAAAGAAUAAAGGUCCGCCUUAGGAUAGAGUUUGUUUCAAAGGUACACCACAAAAUUCCUCAAUUUAAAUAUAUCUAUUCUUAAAAAAGUGAAAUAAAUUUAGUUUUAUAUCCUUUUUUUAUGCAGAAUCAAAUGAUAUAUCUUUAUCCCAAAGAUUUUGGCAGGAAAUUACGCAUUCUCAUAUUUUUUUAAGGGCUGUCAAACGAUUAAUCGCGAUUAAUCACAUCCAGAAUAAAAGUGUAUGUCUGUGUACUGUGUAUAAUAAUUUGAUAUUUAUAUUAACAUGCACACACAUGCAUAUAUUAAAGAAAAAUAUAAAAUUAAUAAACAUUUAUAUAUACUUUACAUUAUUGGUAAAUAUAAAAAAUACAUGUAAAUAUUUCCGAAAUAUGUAUACAUGUGUGUAUACGUUUAUGAAUACAAAAUGAAUAUGCACUGUAAACACAAACUUUUAUUCUGGAUUCAGUUAAUUGCGAUUAAUUGUUUGACAGCCCUAAUUUUCUUACUUUAAAAUGAUACUUCACCCAAAAAUAAAAAAUCUGUCAUUAUUUACUCACUCUCCAGUUGUUCCAAACCUGUAUACAUUUCUUUGUUUGGUUGAACACAGAGAAAGAUAUUUGGAAGAAUGCUUGUAACCAAACAGUUCUUGGCCACCAUUGACUACCAUAGUAGGAAGAGUGCCCCAGAACUGUUUGCUGUCCUACAUUCUUCAAAAUAUGUUCUUUGCUGUUUAACAGAAGAAAACAAUUAUAAAGUAUUUUUUCCUGCCAUUGUGGUCAAUGGGGUCCAAGAACUGUUUGGUUAAAAGCAUUCUUCCAAAUAUCUUUCUCUGUGUCCAUCAAAACAAAGACAUUUAUACAGAUUUGGAACAACUCGAAGGUGAGUAAAUGAUGACAGAAUUUUUGUUUUUGGGUGAACUGUCCCUUUAAAAUCUCCUUUAUGCACUGUAAGACAUAAAGCUCUUUGAGCAAUGAGGUGUGCUGGUCCUAGACAAGUUUAAGUUUGUUAAACAAGCUAAAUCACAAACAACUAAAGCAGAGAUGUGCUCGUCUGAAGCUCAAAUUAGUGCUGUGCUUUACAUGCAUCUCUAAAUACAUCCAUUUCCAUAGGAACAUCACAUCCAGGGUUCUCCUCUGACCUGAACAGCUCAGUAUUUUGCAGCUAUGCAGGGGCGGACUGGGAAGCAAAAACGGCCCUGGAGUUUUUGGCCCAUAUCUUCCCUCCACCAUUUCUUUCAACAGCGGGUGGUGUUUGAUGGUAUCGGCCCUCCACCAUUUCUGUCGACGGGGGGUGUUGUAUGUAACGUGUCAUUGCGUUACAUGUAUACGUGUCCGUCUCGCUAAUGCCUUCGCGUUGCGUGCAUUCGCAUGAAUAUCGUCCGUCUGUCCAGCCCAAGCAUCCAUUCCGGCCCAAUACAUUAGCGGCCCACCGGGAAAAGUCGAUGGGACGGCUGUUCUGGACUUUGACAGAAUGUCCUACUGGUCAGUCCGCCCCUGCAGCUAUGUGCCGUCUGGUGGCUGUACCUGUUACUGAGAAUGUGUCAAGGCACUAAAAAUAAAAUCUGUGGUAACAGCAAGCAGGACCAAAUUUCUCAGCUACAGUGUCUUGAACUGCAUUGGCUGAAGAUGACCACAGUUCACACAAACCUGUAUGACUGUUUCUUCUGUGGAAUGCUAAUGGAUGAGUUUAACAGAAUGAGCAUUGUAUAACUUUAAAGACUUGGACAAUUGACUAUGUUAGGAAAUGUCGCAUUCUGUCCCACUGAAGACAGGAGGUCAUACAUGUUAGAAACACAUGUUUUGUGGCAAGUGAUACAUUUAAAUUUUUGGGGGUGCACUAUUCUUUCUAAGGGUAUUUAGUGCGCUUCUAUAUGUAAAUGCUUCCUGGACAUCGGAAAGAAAAAUACACAGCUGCUAAAGAAUUUUAUUUGUCUCCAUAACAAAAUUUCAGGACAAAAUGAGAGAUGAUCUUUUGCUGAGGGCUUAAAGUGAUAGUUCACCCAAAAAUAAAAAUGCGGUCAUCUUUUACUCACUCUCUUGACAUUUCAAACCUAUAUGACUUUCUUGCUUCCGCAGAACACAAAAGAAGAUAUUUUGAAGAAUUGUGGGACCUGGCCCGCAUUCGCUUGGAUGGUUUUGUGUCUAUACAAUAGAAGUGAAUGGGGGCCAGUGCUGUUUGGUUACCAACUUUCUUCAAAAUAUCUUCUUUUGUCUUCUGUGGAAGAAAUUAAGUCAUACAGGUUUGAAAUGACAAGAGGGUGAGUAAAAGAUGACAGAAUUUUCAUUUUUGGGUGAACUAUCACUUUAAGUAAAUCUGUCCCACACAAUGUCCCGCUAAAGCAGAACUGACUGAGAACAACAUACACCCCAUAAUUCCAGCACCUACAGGUCUGCUCAACCUUUAACUGUGCCUCUGCCUAAAACCAGUGACCUUUGGGAACACUAACUGUUGCUUGAAUUGAUAAAAUACAUUUUGAAAUAAUAAAGUUUGAUGUGUCAGGCAGGUUUCAUCUGAGGAACAAUUCCAUUGCUGACAGCUACACAGAAGAGUCUCAACAUAACACAAUAUAAAUAUCAAACAUGUACAGUUCAGCACGAUCAUCUGUUUUCUUUUUAAAUGGUGACCUCUCCUGAAAAUAAAGCACUUGUAGCACUUUUUAUAAUAUUCAAAUUAUCGUAUCCACGAGUCAUUCAGUAUUCCGGUCACGAAUAGCUUAUUGCAGACCAAAAUAAUAUAUGAAGAAUAUGAAAGCUGAUGAAUGAAUUCAAGUUUGUGAUUAUAUCAAAUCAUUUGUCGGACACUCUGUGACGUGAUGAAGGAACCAAUCAGGAGACAGACUAGGAUUUGAUCCACCAAUGGGAGAAAUGAUAAUGGUUUAUUUGUUGUAAUUUCCUGUAUUGCAAACCAAGCCCGGUACGAGGGAAUGCCCACUUUAAUUGUUUUCAUGUUCUGUAUGUUUAUCGGCUGAUAUUUAAUUUCUAAAGGUAGAUCUUAGUCUUUGAAGUCCAUUUUGAUUCGAUUGUACAUAGGAAUAUAUUUUUAUGCAAAAAAUGAUGUGUGUUCCUUUAAAUGCUUUAGUCGGACGUUUCUUCUUCCAGCUUGGUAUAUCAGCGAACGCUGACCGUGAACUCAAAAGUGUCAUUUAAAGCAAUGUCUAGAUAAGCUGUAUACCAGGCUACGUGUUUUUUUUUAAAUUCACAAUCAAACAUGUGCAUGGCCGUGCCUUCACAUCCAUCACAGAUGUACAGAGCAUCGAUGUACAGUGAAACUGUGCAAGUUAACACAAACAUGCUUUCAAAUAUUACAAAAUGAACAUAAUACAUUACAACAAAUUUCCCUGCAAACCAGCCACCCAUGGUGGUCUGAUAGAUUAUGUCCAAAUGUAGAACUCAUUAUUGAUGUUCAAUUUUCAAUCAUGUGGCAUUCUCUGAUUUAGAAGAAUUUUGACCGUAGCAAACAGCUUGCACAUUUUCACAUCAAUUGUUGGAUGGAUGUCAUCGUGCUGUUUAAAUGAAGAUGGAGAUUUGGUGUUUUAAGCUAAACGAAGAACUGUGACUGUAAGUGAGCUAGAAAGCAAAUCUCCCCUGAGUCUGUUAUGAGCCCAGAUGGAUGUAUAUGGAUUUGAAAAAAGUAGCCACGACAGUAUCUAAAACACUCCUACAUGAGCCGUGAAUUAUUGAAUUUAACAAGACAGUCAAAUACGACUGAAAUAACAUUCAAAGCUCUCCCCAAACACUGAUGUCCAGCUACCAGACAUUCAGCGCUGUGAUUAAUGUCAGAAUUUCACGUGAAAUUGUUUCGUACAUCGAUGCAUCAGGCCUCCGUAACCAUACGUCCAAAACCUCACACAUGAUAUAACACCUCAGAGCCCUGAAGGCAGAAGUUUGAAGCAUGAAUGUGUUGUAAAUCUCCCGACAAGUUGUAGAACUUUUGUAAACUCAGUAUUUAUUUUGGUGGAUUAAAGAUUGAUAUUUUCAUGUAAGGCUUCUCUUUCAGGGAGCUAUGUGUAUUACUUUUUCUGUUGCUAUGUGACAGCUCUAAAAAUGAUUAUUAAA